AUGACAAAAUCCAAAAGGCGUUCGAUGCCAGCUCCUCCAAGAGAAGGGAAGGUGGAGACACAUCACUGGCUCAAUCCAGACGCAUCAUGCUGGGAAAACAAAGAUUUUGACAACCUUGACCUAAAUCAGCUUGCGGCAAUGGAGUCAAUGGUUGAGAGCAUGAUCCAAAUGCGGCAAUGGAGUCGUAUUGCCUUCUCAUUUCUUAUGUGGUUGUGCUUUUUCGGAUUUGAAAUUCUUAGAUUGCCAAGUUGUAAUGACAUUAAAUACUAG